AUGUCAACAAAUUCUACAAACAGUACCAACACCGUAGGCUGCUUCGGCGCAAGACCGAGCCAAGCCCGCUAUCCAGCCCGUCCCUUCGAAUUCCUGAAUCCCACCGUGGAAUACGUGGAAGCUAGUCAUGAGGAAGUUACGGCUACGAGAAGGCCCCAUAACGCGCCUUUUACCCCGCCGCCGCCGCCGAGUCAUGGACACAGAGACGGAGAUGCCAAGACGGGAACGGGCAACAGUGGGGUAGCAGCCGCAACUACGCCGGCGGGUGUUUAUCGAGUCUGGCGGUCCCGGGACAACCGCAAGGGCCGGCAUGCGGUUGCCAUUUCAUCUGAGAGGGUAGAAAAGAAACAUGGGUUGUUGAGGCACCCUAAGGCGACUGAUUCGUGGGGGCAGACCUGGCGGGGGGUAGGAAAGAUGUUGGUCAGGUAUCCCGUCUGGGAUGUGUCGUAUGAUGUGGCCUUGCUCUUUACGCUAGGUGAGUGGUGCUUUUUCACUCCACUACUUUCAAUUUGUGCUGUCUCGGCUUUGUUACGAUCAUAUGGUGAAACACUCACUCUAUGGAUGGAUGGAUGGAUGGCUGAUACCGGGAGCGAAUACAAAGGGUCCGUUAUCUGGGUGUUCAACGGCUUCUUCGUCUGGUUGCCUGCCCAACUUCCCUCCUCUGAGUUCACAGGCGAGGUUGACGCUGGUGGUGGUGUGACGGCCUUCGUGGGCGCUACGAUUUUCGAGGUUGGCUCUGUGUUGCUUAUGCUAGAGGCUGUCAACGAGAACCGCACCGAGUGUUUUGGAUGGGCGCUGGAGGAGGCUUUUGAGAGGGAGAGUGCGGGUUGGAGUCUUUUGCUAAGGCCAAACCAUGAGGGAUGCAUGCAUCACCAUCGAGAGAAGAGGGCGCUGUUUGUAAGGAAGGAGAAUGUCACCAACUCGGCCGCGAAGAGGUCGUGGCAGUGGUGGCAGUGGUGGCCGUCGUGGCACGACUUGACGCACUACCUGCGCGAGAUCGGAUUCCUGGCUUGUCUGUCGCAGUUGAUAGGCGCGACCAUAUUCUGGGUUGCCGGCUUGACAGGAUUGCUGCCUCUCUACGAUGGACUGUCUACGCCGGUUGCUAAUGGUGUCUUCUGGCUCCCGCAGGUCGUUGGAGGCACGGGAUUCAUCAUCUCCAGCUGGUUGUUCAUGGUUGAAACCCAGCCGAACUGGUAUAAACCAGCACUCAAGGUCUUAGGAUGGCACGUUGGGUUUUGGAAUCUGGUUGGGGCGAUAGGCUUCACUCUAUGCGGUGCCCUUGGUUUCGCCAGCGAGAAUGAGACAGCUUCUUACGUAUCUGCUCUCGCGACUUUCAUUGGAUCGUGGGCUUUCUUAACUGGAAGUGUCGUUCAGUGGUACGAAAGUCUAAACAAGUAUCCCGUCUCCUUGGAGAAAAGUAUCAGGAAGCUGAGCGAUUCAGAUUCAGAUGGCUAG